AAAAGACGAAACAUUGGAUUUUAUUGAAAGUUAUUCGCUGAAAUAUCUUCCGAGGAAUGAUUACCGAGAAUUUUUAGAGUUAUCGUCAAUUUUUUUAGGAGUUAUUCCAAAAGAUAAUUUCACCUUUAAACAUCCAGGAGCGAUGAGUCAUGCUCGUUGGAUGUCGAAGGUAAUUUAUUGCCUGAAAAUAUAUAUUUUUAGGGCAGAAUUUAAGCUGACCCCUCAUGAAUUAACUAGUAUUCGCCAAGUAUGUAUUUUCAUAAUUGUCAUUUAUAUAAAAGCUUGGUUCACUUCACCUUCUGCUAUCUUAGCUGCAAAUAAUGACUUAAUUUUGAUGCAACAAUUGAUACUCUAUGAUAAAAUUAAUUCAUCUGUAUCAAAAGGAGCUUUAAAAAAAAUGAGCGAUCAUUUGUGGUAUUUAAGUGACAAAUUAGCCAUAAUUUCUCUAUUUGACGAUGCUGUAGAUCCGGAAGUAAAGAAAAAAAUGGUAAAAAAUUUGAAAAAUCGGAACCCUAUAAAAACUAAAGCCAGAAAAUAUGAAUUUGACUACAAAAACUUACAUGAAUUUUUACACAAAGAUGUAAGUGACUUCAUUUCAACAGAAUCGUUAACAAUUUUAAAAGACUUUGACUUGCCACAUGAAUUUUUAAGUGAAGAAGUCGACAAGUGGUCCAGCAUCGAUAGUUUUCAGGAAUGUCAACAAUUUUUUAGUAAAUUGGCUGUUGUCAAUGAUGUCGCGGAACGUGGUGUAGCGCUAAUUGAAGAUUACAAUCAAUGCCUUACUAAAGACGAAGACAGCUCCAAUAUUUAUUACUAGUUAUUAGUGAGUAUCGGAAAAAAUUCCCUAAUUGCAAUAAAAGUACGUUAAUUGAAUGAU